AUGACGAACACCACUCCGUCUCCUCCUCCCGGUCCUGCCACAAAACCAUCUCCGAGCAUACAAUCGACUCCGACAUCCACAGCUGGUACCAAGCGCAAGCGGGGAUCCGCAGGGAAAUAUUACGCGGUCAAGGCGGGAUAUCAGCCUGGAGUCUACUAUGCAUGGAAUGACUGCUUGACCCAGGUAACUGGGUACAAAGGUGCAGUGUUUCAAGCAUUCCCGACUCUAGAAGAGGCAAAUGCUUUCCUUACGGGCUCAAAACUUCCGUCGGCGCCGGGUGCCACUACUUCCGGUACAGAACCUACUCGAUUUUACGGCAUCCAGCGUGGACGAGUACCCGAAGUUUUCGACAAAGGAGGAGGCCGAAGCUUCGUGAAAGUGGGUCAAUCCAAUGGUGCUUUGUUCGCUGGGAACACCUCAGAAAUACAGAAGCUCCCUGGAGCGCCCGGCAUAUUGAGUGACAUACCGAAAGACGAGCAAGGCUCUCCUAUAGAGCCAGGCGAUGGACCAUUGCCGCCUGGGGCAGAGGAUGGGUUCGACCCAAACGUACUUUUGGACCCAAAAACAGGAAAGGUGGUCUAUAAAACGAAGGAGCAGAAAAUUACAACAAAGACGAAGGCAACUGGUCCUCCUGGGAUGUUGCGAAUUUAUACGGAUGGUAGCUCGCUGAACAAUGGCAGAGCGCUUGCGUCGGCGGGAGUUGGCGUUUAUUUCGGACCCGGAGACAACAGCAGAAAUGUCUCGGAGCCCCUUAAAGGUAACCGUCAGACGAAUCAGCGUGCAGAGCUGACAGCCAUCCUUCGAGCCCUUGACAUAGCUCCACGUCAUCGAGAUGUGACGAUCUUCACAGAUAGCCAGUAUGCGAUAAAAUGUGUGACGGUGUGGUAUGCCAAAUGGCAGCGCAAUAAGUGGCUUACGUCGGAGAACAAACCGGUUGAGAACAAGGACUUAGUCGAAUCGAUUCGUGUCAAAAUCGAGGAGCGGGAUGAGCUUAAAGUUAAAACACUAUUCGAGUGGGUUAAGGGGCAUAAUUCUGAUCCGGGAAAUGAGGCAGCUGACCGUCUGGCUGUUAAUGGAGCGCAACGGGGGGUAUCUGAAAAGGCAGCAGCUCUGGAAGCGAUCAAGAAUACCCCCGAUGAAGUAUUUGACGAUGAUAUCUAA